AUGACGGAUUCAAACAUAUCAAAGAAUGACUUGUCUGGCAUUUGCCAUAGUUUAGGCUUGUCAACAGAAGGAAACAAAACAGAUCUUGUACAAAGAUUGAAGGAUUUUCAAGAUUAUGUUUCCCAUGAGAAAAAUGCUAAUAAUCGGCAUGUAGAUAUUGAUGAUGAAUUGGUAAUUUCUGAUUAUCCUAACGAGACCACUGAAGUGUUAAAUCCUGAAACACAAGCAUUAAGAGAAUUGUUUCGGAAGUCUAACCUAUUGGAUGUAAUGUCACCAUUACCCUAUUAUCAAGAUGCUGGAGAAACAUAUGGUGACUAG